UCAACACCAUUUAAUCAUAUACUAUUACAUUUGAAUUUAGAUAAAGUACAAAAACAACACUGUAAUGAUCCAUUGACCAACCGACUAGUCAUUAACGAAAGAUCAUAACUUAACAUCACCCAGUCUCAAUCAAAACUCCAAGACCAUAAGAAUUUUGCUAAAGCAGUAUAGUGAUAAAACACAAAACUGCAAAAGUUGUUUUACAAAUUAGAAUGUUAUAGUAGUAGUAUAAUUUAAUUAUUAUUUGCAUAGGAAAAUAAUAGAAAGAGAGUCCCCAGGUGAGGGCAAAUAGAAGCCCCUGCUCCCUGAAUUUCACAGCCUUUAUCAUCAAUGCUCCUCUAACCUCAAACACUCAAAAUCCACACAUCUAUACACACACCCCUCUACAUACACACCCCAUAUCUCUCUCUCUCUCUCUAUCAUAUCUUCGAUUUAUGUGCCAUUUUUGUAUAUAAAUAUAUAAUCUUGCACACAAUAAGGUUAUACUUCCCAUCACCUUUUGUAUCAUUGCUCUCUUUGUUCUUCCUUUUGGUGUCUCUUCAGUGUAACAAAAGCCUCUUUUUCGGUUAUAAUAAGUAAAAAGAUGAUGCUUGCGGUGGAAGAUGUGUUAAGCGAACUCGCCGGAGAAGAAAGAAACGAGAGAGGAUUGCCACCUGGCUUCCGGUUUCACCCGACGGACGAAGAGCUCAUUACCUUCUACUUAGCUUCCAAAAUCUUCCAUGGAGGACUCUCCGGCAUUCACAUUUCCGAAGUUGAUCUUAACCGUUGUGAACCUUGGGAACUACCCGAAAUGGCGAAGAUGGGAGAGAAAGAGUGGUACUUUUAUAGUCUAAGGGAUAGGAAAUAUCCGACGGGUUUGAGGACUAACAGAGCAACUACUGCUGGAUAUUGGAAAGCUACCGGAAAAGAUAAGGAGGUCUUCGCCGGCGGCGGAGGACAACUUGUUGGGAUGAAGAAGACGUUGGUGUUCUACAAAGGUAGGGCUCCACGUGGCCUCAAGACUAAGUGGGUCAUGCAUGAGUAUCGCCUCGAAACCGACCAUUCACACCGCCACACGUGUAAGGAGGAAUGGGUGAUUUGCAGAGUGUUCAAUAAAACAGGAGAUAGAAAAAAUGUUGGAAUCAAUAACCAAAUCACCUACCUUCAUAACCAUUCACUCUCAGCAACACAUCAUCAUCAUCAUGAAGCCUUACCUUUGCUUUUAGAACCUUCCAACAAAACCCUAAACAACUUCCCAUCACUACUCUACGAUGAUCCCCACCAAAUUUACAAUAAUAACCUCCUACACGGAUCAUCAGGCCACAACAUCGACGAGCUCAAAGCCUUAAUCAACCCAGUCGUCUCUCAGCUCAACGGAAUCAUCUUUUCGCCGGGGAACAACAACAACGAUGAAGACGACUUCGACUUUAACCUCGGUGUGAAGACAGAGCCGUCUUCCAACGGUGGUAAUAAUAACGAACUUGACGUACGAGAUUACUUGGAGAACCCUCUGUUUCAGGAAGCGAGUUAUGGUCUUUUGGGUCUUUCGUCUUCUCCUGGACCUCUUCACAUGCUACUAGAUUCUCCAUGUCCUUUAGGUUUCCAGCUGUAGAAUCUUGGCCCUUGGAUUAUAUAUUUGGUCUCUUCUUAUUUUCAACUUUUGUAAAAUACAAAUUAUAUAAAUAUUAUUAUUCCUUUUUUUUUUUUUUCGUCUAAAUAUUAUUAUUCCUAAGAUCCAAAAUCUUUUGUAGAACAAAAUUUUUAAAAGUUAUGUUGCUACUUGCAGGUAGAAGCUAUUAUUGUGUUACUUUUGAUGAACUGUA